GAGUCGAGUGGAUUGCAAAGAAUUGUUUCUUCUUUUCCUUCUGAAUUUUGUUUGAUUCUUUUUAUCCAUAAAAUUAUUUAGUUUGUUUAUGGCGAAGCUGCUCUAUCUUCAGCUUUCUUCUCCUUUUGCUUCACGUUUAGCCGCUGGCUUUAGUCGAAGACACCGUUGUAUGAAUUGCGAGAUUGAUCUCUGGCCAAGUAUCGUGAGCCGCGAUUCCUUCGAGUGCCAAGCUUCUCGUGGUCGGUUCAGAUUCCGUGCGGAGGAGGAGCUCUUCCGCGACGAAGGGUUUGGUCGAUUUGAGUUUGGGAACAGUAAGAAGAAGAGGCCGUGGUGGUUCGGCGAUGAUGAUGAUGACGAUGACGAUUAUGAUGAUUUGAUGAAUGACGAAGAAGACUGGAACAUGGUUUUUGAGGUAUUUAGGACUUUAAGCUGGAUGCUUGCACCUAUCGGCAUAUCAUUGCUUCUUGGAACAGAUUCAAACGCGGGUUUAAUGGCAUUAGCAGUUCCUUUAGUGCAAUCCGUGUUUUCCCUUGUGGUUAAUAAGGCAUUGAGCAGGCCAAACAUUAGACCUAUGAAAAGAAGCAGAAGAGAUACAUUUUCAAGACCAAGGAAAGUUAGGCAAGAAGAAAACAUGAGAGGUGGUGUGGAUAAGGGAGGAUACAAGUCAUGGAUGUUAGGAGAUGCUGAUGCUAACAGCACAGGUUCUAGGUAUGGAGGAUGGGAUGAUCUAGUCAAGCAAAAGGAGAUUAGAAAUGACAAUCCGUCAAACGAGAGUGUUCGUACAAAGCAACAGUUUAAAAGAAAAGCUAGUCAGCGGUGGAGAGUUAAGGAGAAGCCAUUGCUCUUGAGGAUGCUAAUUGCUGCCUUCCCCUUUCUGGGUUCAUGGACUAAAUUGUUAUUUUGACAAGGGGUUUAUUCAAAGCCCUUUACAACUUGGAGAAGUACUGGUUUUUUCACGCGAGUCGAGAAAGGACAAGAAUUUCUCUCGCUUUUGGUCUUCAGAUGAAAGCAAUCUUCCUGGAAUCCAAAGGUUAGCUUUCAGUUAUCUUAGAACUUAGAAUACAUCUCUUACUUGUGAUAACAAUGCAUAUUCUGUAAGUUGAGAAUAUAUGCCUGUCAAGGUUUUGUGUUUGUAUAAGUACAAAAGUGUAAUGGUUCUUAUUUGUACAGCCUA